UGAAUGGAUGCAUGACUGUGAGAUUCGUCAUGUACUGUGAGACAGCCGGGCCAGGAAUGACGGGGUUAACGAAGCGCUGUGAUGCAACUCCGGAGAAGGAGUCUUCGCCUAUAAAUGUCCCCGCAAGGCAGUCUUAGAAGCAAUGCUACCUUAUCUAACUCCUCCAACCCAUUCAGCUGUGCCGUGUGGAGCGAGGGUUCUACCACACUUCCAUCGUCAACUGGAUCUGCUGUUGCCUUUUACCUGAUGUCCCGUUAUCUGGUUUGAGUUGAGUCCUGUUUGCACAGAUGCAUUUGAGACUUUUCGCAAUUGUAUUCCUCGUCAACUGCGCAUUUAUGCUGAGCCAGCAGACUUCGAGAACGUUGAGUGUCAGUUCUGAUUUGCCUGACGACUGCAAGAGCUGUCUCGAGUGCUCCGGAGACAACGGCUGCCUGAAGUGCCCAGAGAAGCUAUUUCUGUUCAUUCAGAGAGAAGGGAUGCGGCAGCAUGGCUCAUGUGUGCAUUCCUGCCCACCAGGGCACUACGGCAUGCGGGGGCAAGAUAUUAACAGAUGCACCAAGUGCAAGACACCAGAUUGUGAGAAUUGUUUCAGCAAGGAUUUCUGCAUCAGGUGUAAAGCUGGAUUCCACCUGUUUAAAGGGAAGUGCCUGAGCAACUGCCCAGAUGGGACUGCCCCCCAUCUCACAGACUGUAUCGAGGGCUGUGAGGCAGGACAGUGGAGCGAGUGGACAGUGUGCACCAACAAUGGAAACCUGUGCGGGCACAGAUGGGGGACACAAAGCAGGAGCAAAGAGAUUGUUAGAAAAGAGACGGAGGAGGCGGCCUCCUGCCCAGCACUGUCCGAGACCAAGAGGUGCAGGAUGAAGAAGAGAUGUCCUGGAGAGAAAAAGCCUCUGAAUAAGAAGGGGAAGAAGCAGAGAAUGGCGGGGUGACGGAGCCCCCGGGACAGCCCUAACGAACCAGCAGACAGGCUGACCCCUAACCCUAACCCUCACCCUAACCCUAACCCCAACGAACCAGCAGACCGGCUGAAUCCUAACGAACCAGCAGACCAGCUACUUGAAGUGUGAACUUUGUCUUAUUGCAAGUAUGACACAGAAAGAGAUUAUCAUUAGGAUGGGUGUGGCUUGGUCCUCCACUAAUUAAGAGAUUAUUAUUAAUAUGGGUGUGGCUUGGUUCUCCACUAAUUAAGAGAUUAUCAUUAGGAUGGGUGUGGCUUGGUUCUGGCUUGACAUUGUUUUACAUGUGCUUAUAAGCAGCGGACUGUAUUCGUGGGGUAACAGAGCUUAGCAUCAUACACUAAGGCCCUGUCCAAACUACAUAACCGAUCUCAGGACCGUACUCUAAACCGUUCUCAUGAAUCCAGCUCAAAGCAGCCACGCUGCAGUACUGUUUCAUGUUGAGUCGGGUUUAAUGAGUCCACACACUAUUAGAACAGUUCUGUUACAGCUUCCAGCAGCUCAGUGAACAUUGCAAAUUAAUACCAUAGCAUCCCAGCAUGCACUCUAUUUUAUUUUAAAAUAAUGUGUUAUGCUUCAUAUUAAUAGAGGUCCAAAUUGCUUAAAAUAAAUAAAAAAUAA